GAAGAAAAAGAAGAAGAAGAAAAAGAAGAGGAAGAAGAAGAAGGAGGAGGAGGGGGCCGAGAAGAGCAGCUCACCCUACGCGGCCACCAUGGAAGACAACGCCGCGCUCCGGGCAAGCGGCCGGGGGCUCUCGGACCCGUGGGCGGAUUCGGUGGGAGUGCGACCCCGCACCACCGAGCGCCACAUCGCGGUGCACAAGCGGCUCGUGCUGGCCUUCGCCGUGUCCAUCGUGGCACUACUUGCGGUCACCAUGCUUGCGGUGCUGCUUAGCCUGCGCUUCGACGAGUGCGGGGCAAACGCAGCGCCUGGCGCCGACGGUGGCCCCGCUGGCUUCCCUGAGCGCGGUAGUAACGGUAGCCUUCCGGGAUCUGCCCGGCGCAACCACCACGCGGGCGGAGACUCCUCGCAGCCGGACAUAAGUGGGGUGGCCACCCCAGGGAUCCCAUCUGCUCAGCCGCCGUCGGAGGAGGAGCGGGAGCAGUGGCAGCCCUGGACGCAGCUGCGCCUAUCUGGCCAUCUCAAACCGCUGCACUACAAUUUGAUGCUCACCGCCUUUAUGGAAAACUUCACCUUCUCCGGGGAGGUCAACGUGGAGAUCGCGUGCCGGAACGCCACCCGCUACGUAGUGCUGCACGCCUCCCGGGUGGCGGUGGAGAAGGUGCAAGUGGCCGAGGACCGGGCGGCGGGAGCAGUCCCGGUGGCGGGCUUUUUCCUCUACCCGCAGACCCAGGUCUUAGUUGUGGUGCUGAACAGGACCCUGGACGCGCAGAGGAAUUACAAUUUGAAGAUUAUCUACAACGCCUUGAUAGAGAACGAGCUUCUGGGCUUCUUCCGCAGCUCCUACGUGCUCCACGGGGAGAGAAGAUUCCUUGGUGUCACUCAGUUUUCACCUGUACACGCCAGAAAGGCAUUUCCGUGUUUUGAUGAGCCAAUCUACAAGGCCACUUUCAAAAUCAGCAUCAAACAUCAAGCCACCUACUUAUCUCUAUCCAAUAUGCCAGUGGAAACUUCUGUGUUUGAGGAAGAUGGAUGGGUAACAGAUCACUUUUCACAGACUCCUCUCAUGUCCACAUAUUAUUUAGCCUGGGCGAUUUGCAACUUCACAUACAGAGAAACUACUACCAAGAGUGGGGUUGUAGUACGAUUAUAUGCAAGACCUGAUGCUAUCAGAAGAGGAUCCGGGGACUAUGCUCUCCAUAUUACAAAGAGAUUAAUAGAAUUUUAUGAAGACUACUUUAAAGUGCCCUAUUCCUUGCCAAAACUAGAUCUUUUAGCUGUGCCUAAGCACCCGUAUGCUGCUAUGGAGAACUGGGGACUAAGUAUUUUUGUGGAACAAAGAAUACUGCUGGAUCCCAGUGUUUCAUCUAUUUCUUAUUUGCUGGAUGUCACCAUGGUCAUUGUUCAUGAGAUAUGUCACCAGUGGUUUGGUGACCUCGUGACUCCUGUGUGGUGGGAAGAUGUGUGGCUGAAGGAAGGUUUUGCUCACUACUUUGAAUUUGUGGGUACAGACUACCUCUACCCUGGCUGGAACAUGGAAAAGCAGAGGUUUCUGACAGAUGUUCUGCAUGAAGUGAUGCUGCUUGAUGGUUUGGCCAGUUCCCAUCCAGUAUCACAGGAAGUGCUCCAGGCAACAGAUAUUGACAGGGUGUUUGACUGGAUCGCAUAUAAAAAGGGUGCUGCUUUAAUAAGAAUGCUGGCUAAUUUUAUGGGCCAUUCAGUUUUUCAGAGGGGUUUACAAGAUUAUUUAACCAUUCAUAAGUAUGGCAAUGCAGCCAGAAAUGAUCUCUGGAAUACAUUAUCAGAGGCUUUAAAAAGGAAUGGAAAAUACGUAAAUAUACAAGAAGUAAUGGAUCAGUGGACACUCCAGAUGGGUUAUCCUGUUAUCACCAUCUUGGGAAAUGCAACAGCAGAGCAUAGAAUAAUAAUUACCCAGCAACAUUUUAUUUAUGACAUCAGUACUAAAACUAAAGCACUUGAACGUCAGAAUAACAGUUACCUAUGGCAGAUUCCAUUAACUAUUGUGGUAGGAAAUAGAAGCCAUGUGUCUUCAGAAGCAAUUAUUUGGGUGUCUAACAAAUCAGAGCAACACAGAAUAACCUACUUGGAGAAAGGAAGUUGGCUGCUUGGAAACAUCAAUCAAACUGGCUACUUUAGAGUCAACUAUGACCUAAGGAACUGGAGAUUAUUAAUUGAUCAAUUAAUCAGAAACCAUGAGGUUCUUUCUGUCAGUAAUCGUGCAGGUUUGAUUGACGAUGCCUUCAGCCUGGCCAGGGCUGGCUAUUUGCCUCAGAAUAUUCCCCUGGAGAUUAUCAGAUACCUGUCUGAGGAGAAGGAUUUCCUUCCUUGGCACGCUGCCAGCCGAGCUCUUUAUCCUCUAGAUAAAUUACUGGACCGAAUGGAGAACUACAAUGUCUUCAAUGAAUAUAUUUUAAAACAAGUUGCAACAACAUACAUCAAGCUUGGAUGGCCAAAAAAUAAUUUCAAUGGAUCUCUUGUUCAAGCAUCCUAUCAACAUGAAGAACUCCGCAGAGAAGUGAUAAUGCUGGCAUGCAGUUUUGGCAACAAGCACUGUCACCAGCAGGCAUCAACACUGAUUUCAGAUUGGAUUUCCAGCAACAGGAACAGAAUUCCACUAAAUGUUAGAGACAUCGUCUACUGUACAGGAGUGUCACUACUGGAUGAGGACGUCUGGGAAUUCAUUUGGAUGAAAUUCCACUCCACCACAGCAGUUUCUGAAAAGAAGAUCUUAUUAGAGGCUUUAACUUGCAGCGAUGACAGGAAUUUAUUAAAUAGGCUUCUAAAUUUGUCACUGAAUUCUGAGGUCGUACUGGAUCAAGAUGCAAUUGAUGUCAUAAUCCAUGUAGCUCGAAAUCCACACGGUCGAGACCUUGCCUGGAAGUUUUUCAGAGAUAAAUGGAAGAUAUUAAACACCAGGUAUGGAGAAGCAUUAUUUAUGAAUUCCAAACUCAUCAGUGGAGUUACAGAAUUUCUUAAUACUGAAAGUGAACUUAAAGAGCUAAAGAACUUCAUGAAGAGCUAUGACGGGGUAGCUGCUGCUUCUUUCUCACGAGCUGUGGAAACUGUGGAAGCCAACGUGCGCUGGAAAAUACUUUAUCAAGAUGAGCUUUUCCAAUGGCUGGGAAAAGCUAUGCGGCACUAACAUGUUUCUCUUCUGAACAAUUCAACUCAGAAUUUUGUGAGAGAAUCUGCUUUAAGUGAAAUGAGGAAAAUGGCCAGAAUUUCAGAGUUAACAUGUGGGAGGAUAUUUUUUCUUUUGGUUUUGGGGGAUUUUUUUGUUUGUUUCAUUCAUUCUGUUUUGUUUCACGACUGGGUGUUCUUCUGUAAAGAAACUUGCAAGUGAAACUUGCCAUGGUUGCUUCAGCUGUACAUUUCUUGCUGUACAGGACCAAAUAUAAUAGUGGUGCAUGUUGAUGUUGCAGUCAGUUUGGAAAAAAUAUAUUCCGGAUACUCUGUGCAUGGUCCUGCCUGUGUUCCAGCAUGCUUAUUAAAAUGUCCAAUGUUGAAUGUGAAUAUAUGUUACAUCCAGGAUGGGCAUUAUACAAAAGCACAACGAUUAUCUAUGACAAUCAGUGUUGCAAUGAAAGUAAAACUUUAAAGGGAAAUUUUCUCUUCUCAGUCUUGGACAUCAGAGAGUUAAAAUAGCCCUUUAAGUGAUCAGUAUCAUUUAUUUGAGCACUUGGAUUGUCUGGCAAUGAUUACUGUGUUGCUAACUCAUUUUCUUUGAGUUAAAAUUGUGUAUAAAUUAGAAAAGCAUACAGAUCGUGUAUACAUAUGUGUAUGUACAUAGGGAAGACCCCAUAUGUAUAUAGUAUGUUGUACACUGCAUAUGUGCAAAGAAUCUCUUUAGAUCAACGAACAUUUCUUUUUUUAUAAGUGUAUGGACACUUUGAAAAGGCUUGAAAGAGUUUAUCUCAACAUUAUCCUUCCUGUCCUAACUAAAUUUCCAAACUGGUUUUUCAUCUGUUUUCUGAACAGUGGUUUAUUCUACUAUGUGAAGAUAAAUUCUAACAAAAUUUACAUAUGUAAACUAACCACUCUUCUAAUUCUCCUGGGAUAGUAGCAGCCUUGCGUACAGAUUCUGUCAGCAUUUUGGUCACAUUUCCUAUCACAUAAGACAAUUGUGUAAACUUAUAAUUAUCAGCACUGAGAAAGUGUUUAUUUUCCAUCAGGUUUGUCCAUUUUAUCUUGGCUGGUGCAGAGUUAAAAUAUUUCUCCGUGUGUUAGUCUGUAUCUGUGUUGCUCUGAUCCUGCAUUAAGCAACCAUACCUCAAUGGGUCUAUAAGCAUUUAAUGACCUUUUGUGCCAGUUGUACCAUCCCCUAAGAUACAAAUUUGCUUUUAUUGUAUUAACAUACAAAGCCUUUCUUUUGGCAUUAACAACUUUGUCUACCUGGGAAGUUUGAAUAGCCAUUUUCAUGGCUGUGUGGAACACAAGUUUUUUUAAAUGGCAUUCUUACCCAGUAGGCCAGCUCUAUAAAAAUAAUUUCUGUGUUUCAGAAUUAACAAAAUUUAAGCUUACCAUUAUAAAAUAUUGAUGCAACUACUGUAUGAAUGAGUAAAGUGUUUGUGGACUACUUCUUAUUUUCCUGAGGCAUUCCAGUCCUCCAAAUCUUGCAAAUCAUUGAAACAAAUGAAUUCUGAAACUAAUAAUCAUCAAAUACUGAAAAAAAUAGGCAUUCAUGAACCUAGUGCCAUUGAAUUCUUUUCAGUGCAUAGAAAGAAGAAAUAAUCCCAUAAUUCAUAGAAUAAGACCACCUAAAAUUGAAUUUUAUCAUUUAAGCAACUAAUUACUCAUACUUAAAUUUUUCAACACUUCAUUCAAUGAAAAUACAUGAAUCUUAAAUACUCUAUGUGGUGUUAAUAAGCCAUGAUAAUUCUUAGUAUAAACAAAAAUUAUGCCACCUAUCAGAAAUGAUAAAAUCCAAUUACUCUACAUGUCACACAAUUAUUUUAUAUGUCACAUUUAUGAAGUCCUUAUGGGGCAAGUUCUGAAACAUAAUAAUAAUAAAUAUUACACUGCCACUUAGGCCCCAAAUAUUCCCUAUAUCACUACUAAAUUCAUGUAACUGAGAUGAUAAAAAAUGGGAACUGGGUGUCUUGUUUUGUGUCAUGAAUUACUGAAAAUUCUUAGUAGUUGUGGCAUUUUUUACAGUGAAAUCACUUUGAGUUAGAAGAGCUUUUAUAGUUCUUUAUCCUCCCCACUGUUAAUAGUCAUAAUCCUCUUUCAGUAUUUUAGUGGCCUUGAACAACUGGUUUAGCUACAAUUUCAAAUCCUAAGUGUAUAAUUAUGUGCAAUGUUUAAUACCUCAUAUAAUUCUUGUUCAACAGUAUAGUGGUACCAAUGGCGUUGAGAUGACAUUUUUGUUCUACAUAUUUUUCAAUAGUUUAUCAUUUUCAAUGUUGAAAUUAUAUCAGGCUUUAAAGUUUUUUAGUUGUUUAAAUAAGUAAUAUUUUCAAAAUAAUAAAAUAACCAAUGGUAUCUCUUGGAAUAUUCUGUAAAUUGUAGUUAUAAAAUUAUAUUUUCUACUUA